ACCAGCUCCUUGAGUCCACGACUCACUGAAGCUUUGGACUCAAACUGAGCUGCACAGACAGACAGCGUCUGUGUCCAGGAGUGUGUGCACGUGUGUCAGUUAGUUGUGUGUUCAUGUGUGUGUGUGUGUGUGUGUGUGUGUGUGUUAGAAUCGAGCGGGUAGAUUGGACGUCAGCUGCAGAUUCUGGAGUUUUUCCAGCAGCAAGAAGGGAAUUUCUUAGCUGCAGACCUUCAUCCACCUGCAGACACCAUGUCUGCGCUCCAGACUGCUGUUCUGCUGCUGCUGCUCAGCUGUUUCAGUCUCAUUGCCCCGCCCUGCACAGGUGGAGGAAGUGUCUGCAGCUGCAACAUCACCAACAGCCGCUGUGAUGAGUUUGGAGUCUGCAGCUGUGACCCUGGGUGGGACGGGGAACUUUGUGACCGUUGUGUGCCAAUGCCCGGAUGUGUUCAUGGUUCUUGCCUGCAGCCAUGGCAGUGCACCUGUGAAACGGGCUGGGGAGGACGAUUCUGUGAUAAAGACCUGACGGUGUGCCUGCAGAAGCAGCCAUGUCAGAACGGUGCCACCUGUGUGAUGGAGGACAGUGGUGACUUCACCUGUUUGUGUCUUGAAGGAUUCCAUGGCCCCACCUGCCAAAAGAAGACUGGACCAUGUUACCAAAGGAG